AUUUCCAACUUUGAAUAGCAGUAUCAGCAUUCGUCCAAUACAUUUCACUCUUGCCAAGUCCCUCACUAUAUUUUUGGACUUAGUAUUAACAUUAGAUUAUUUCAUUUGGUUAUGUGGCCAUUUUGCAACAUUUUUACUAGUCAAAUAUGUAUUCACAUUGUUUUGUCAUCUUAACAAAGGAGGUCAGUAUCAGUAUCAGUUGAUCUUUGCUCCACUUCACUGUCCCAGGAAGUUUGACUCACAUGGCCAAUUUCAAAGUCCUCUUCCUCCUCUUCAUCGACAUCCAUCCAUCCACAACACUCUUCUGUUAUGAAAGUGUUUUGUCAUAAUGGAUCAUCUUCAUCAUUCAUGCAUGAGUAAUCUGACGAUUCAUUCACUUGUGACCUCCUCCAAGAUAUAGUUUUCACAUGCCAUUGUACAGAACUGGGCUAUUUCCACCAGAAAAAUCAAAAGAAAGCUUUUAAAAAGACAAACCCUGGAGUAAUGGGGGAUUAUUGAACCCUCUUUGAUGCUUGAAUAAACACACAAAAGCAGUUAGAUGGAGCACAACGUGGGUGAAAAUCCCAUUUUGAGACUUUUGCACUGGCUCACACACCUCAUUGUUUGACACAGCAAGUUGGUAAUCACAUAAACUGCUUUCCAGUGUCCCUCAGGGGAAGGUAGUGACAUGCCCAGCUGGCUAUUGCAGUAAAGUAAAAUUUACUGGUACAGGAUAGGCCUGCUGCAUGUAGUUAUGUUGCUACCUACACUCUAAUAUGUCCCUGUGUCUCCUGAAACCUUUUCUUAACCAAAGACCCACUCCAACAGUAGAGUGGCCAACUCUUCUGUAUUUGGCACAGAGGACUUUUACUUUGUACUUUUUCUACCUUCUUGCUUUGCAUCUAAUUGGGUGAGGUUUCCCAUCUCGUCUCCCAGUCUCUGCUUUUGAUUGGGAAGACACUGCCCCUUCAUUAGAAGGGAACUAGAGCUUGCAAGAGUUUGCCUCUGUCAGGUGGCUGUUUCAUGAGCCUUGCAGCAUCUUGUCCUUGCUCUUUUUCGUCGUCUUCUUUAUUUUUUAAAAUUUUAUUUUAUUUUAUGUUUUUCAUAUCAGGGAUCAAACUCAGGACCUCACACUUGCCAGACAGAUCUUAUGCUGCUGAGUUGAAUCCCUGGCCUAAAAAGAGGAUAAAACCAAGGAAAAUAAAACAGAAUAAAACCGAUCAAGAUAAACCAGUAUAAGUGAUACAGGUCUUUAAAACUUAAAAAUCAGCAAUAGUUACCAUAAUGCCUCUAUCAUCUUCAAAAUAGCUGCAGAUACCUUUGGACCUGGUAAAAAUCAAACAACAGAAUAGAGCAGAAACAACAAACACAAAACAAUGACUGAAGUAAAGGACUUCAAAACAAGCUCACAGUAAGUCCAGAAUGGCUACCAUAACAUGUCUUGCUAUCUUUUGAACAGUUGUUCAUGGCAUCAGAUUUAAUAUAAUCAAACAAAAUGAAAGAAUAAAACCCAACCAUCAAAGCAAUGAAAAUGACAUGGUUUCCAGGCAGGGCCCACCCCCUUGUGAGGCCUGGUUCUCGCUCCACAGUCUGCGAAUGCUGCUGACUGGGAGAGAGGCUUGGGCGUGGCUGUCCCCACUCCAGCAGCAGCUGUCCCGCUCUUCUGCAGGAGCCAUUCGUUUUGGAGUCAAUGGGCUCGUCACCUGUGUAAAAGCUAUUUAUGUUUUCUUUGAGGAUGCCGUGGAUAUAACUUUGAAAAUCCCAAGGUCACCCCAGGGUGGUGUGAAUCCGUGGCAGUUAAACAUAGCCAUAUACAGGAUGCUGCCCCACAUCUGGGGAGUAAGUUUGUAGUUUCCUCCACGUAUGCCACACUGUGUCUCAGGAAAUACAGUACUACAGGGUGCAUUGUUUUCUUUUCAAUAUGUGAGCCUCUAACAUGUAGAAUACAAAACCAGUCCUGAUUUUCAUAAAGGUCCACCUAUUCAGCUUUAACAGACUUUUCUUCAGACUUGAGUUCCUGCAAAAAAAUUCUCCUUUGUGAGCCAGGGUCUUGCUCUGUAGCCCAGGCUGGCCUUGAACUCACAGUGAUCAUCUUGCCUCAGCCUCCUGAGUGCUGGAUCACAGGCAUGUGGGACCAGAGCUGGUUCUUCCAUUUCAACCUAAGGGACUCCUCUACCCAAGGCAGGCCUACUAGGAAGGACGGACAUUCUUCAGUGCUUGCAUCUAGGAAUGUCUGAGUUUUCCCCCUCAUUUUAAGGACAGUUUUGCUGGAUGUAAAAUGCUUAGUUGAGAGAGCUUUUUGUUUUGUUUCACUGUUUCAUUCACACAGCACAUGUCCACCUGUUUCCUUCUGUCCUCCUGUAACAGAAUAUCCCGCACCCCAGUCAGUAUACUGCAGUUUCUUAGUUGUCCAGGUAACAGUUCUGUCUCUAAGAAACGGUUGGUCACUGUGAUGCCUAGCUGGUCACUGUGAUGCACACUGCAUAAACCAGCCCCAAUCAACAAGCCAUUUUGCCCCUGUACUCCCCACUUGCUUAUCCUAUACAGGCCUCAGACCAUCAGAGAUCAGGGCCUGAUAUUCUGGGAAUGUACCAAUCAGUGCCCGUUGGUGUAAAUAAAUGUGUCUCCAACUCUUGGGUGUCCUUUCUGUGACUGUGCUUGCCGCUGCUCUCCAAGGAUUUUGAGGAUAAGUCUAAUGACUAUGUUUUUGGGGAAUUGAUGUCAGCUGCACAGGCAUUAAUUUAUUUGUCAUAUUUUAUACACUGACCGUUACGUUAUUCUAAUGUAAGUGAAGUUGCAGCAUCACUUUGACACCAGUAAGAAUUAAGAGCAAAAGGAACUGGAGAUGCUGAGUGUAGACAUCAUGGGAUCUCUAAAUGUAAGAGGUAUUACAGAUGCUGAGAACUGAUUCUCAGAACAGAAACAAAAGGGAUAUUGAAGCAUCCUACAGGUUUGAAUUUCAAAAACUCAAGUGUCAAUCUCCAUAACUCACAUUAGUAAGACAUUUUGUAACAUUUUUCUGUUAGAAACAAAAGACCCUCAUGGCCAAGAGUGUGAGGGGUGAAGUGGAGGUGACCAGCUCUGCCUGGGCCCACUGGCACCAUGACUUCACAAGAUCCCCUGUGAGGUCACAGCAGAUAGCUGUAUAAGGUAGGGUUUUCAGCCCAGAGACCCUUCGUGGGUGAAGUGGAUUGGUGUUUGGAGAGUAGUUGGUGAUUUGAGAUUUGAAAUUUUGAUAAUUGAUUUUAUAAAGUCUAGUUCCAUCAAGGCAUUCUUUGUGGCACAUAAAACAUCUUUGCUGGACGUCAUGUCAUCGUCCACAGGAACAUUCUCUGAGGACUAUGACAUGCUGUUACCCCUUGGUGAGGGUCACUUUGCCAAGGUGGUUCUCACUGAACAUGUGUGCACAGGGAUGCUGGUAGCUGUGAAGGUACUUCAAAAGGAGAAGUUGAGGCCUACUGCUAUUAUACGGGAGGUCAGCAUCCUAAAGGACCUUCAGCACCCCAAUAUCAUCAAGUUGCUGGAAGUCUCAGAAAAUAGUACCACUAUGUUCCUCGUAAUGGAGUAUGCACCCAGAAAAGACCUGCAGCAAUUUAUCAAGCGUGCUGAGACACAGAAGCUGGGGGAGGAAAGGGCCCGGCUGAUAUUCCGAGAACUCCUGGAGGCUGUGCAGUACUGCCAUGACAGCGGCGUCAUCCAUGGGGACUUGAAACCGGCGAACAUAUUAAUGGACCGUGAAGGCCACCCCAAGCUCAGCGAUUUUGGCUUUGCUUUCAGGUUCCUUCCUGGCCAGGAGGUGACCGCGUGUGGAUGCACCCUACAGUAUGCUGCCCCAGAGUUAUUCUUACAAAAGAAAUACCAAGGCCCACCACUGGACAUUUGGUCUUUAGGGGUAAUUUUAUAUGAAAUGGUCGCUGGGGUACGCCCAUUUAGUGGGCCCAAAACAGAAUUGAUGAACAAUGCCCUAAACGGGCGAUACCAGUUUCCCCAGCACUUCUCCAAAGAGGUGCAAAGCUUAAUUAAGGGUCUUCUCAACCCUGACCCUAGCAUGCGCCCUACCUUGGAGCAAGUAAGGCAGCAUCCAUGGCUUCGGCUUGAAUCUGUCCCUUGUCGACCUCCUCAACUGCUCCCCAAAGCCAAAGAAAGGGCAAUAGUGGACUUUUUGGAUGGGAAGGGGUACAACCCGCUGAAGGUGAUUGAUGCAGUGAAGUACAGAAAAUACAAUCGGUACAUGGCGCCCUUCCUGCUACUACGGGGCAUGGCACUCCGGAAAUUCCACUUCGGGUCUGAGGUGAAGCCCACACACAAACGUGAGGCUGAACAUCUGUUUGAACAGUCCACAAACAAAGAUGACAAUCUGCUAUCUGCAUCUCCUCCCCCUGUAGCUGCCCCACCAGCUAGGAGGGUCAGUGAGCCCUGCCUCUUCACUGGCCACUUCCUCCCCGAGGUGAAGCCUCUUGGCCAGCAAAGGAAGACAGUCUCCCUGCCAACUGACAUCAGCAGGACUCCCCCUGCUCGCACAUCCUGCCAGCCCGGUCCAAACUUUAUUGGUACCUCUGGCCAGCCAGGCCCUGCUUCUCCCAUCAAGUCCUAUCAUCCAGAACCUGCUACCCCUAAAGCAUCGCGUCAACCAAGCCCUGCUUCUCCCAUCAAGUCCUACUAUACAGGACCUGCUACCCCUAAAGCAUCCCGUCAACCAAGCCCUGCUUCUUCCAUCAAGUCCUACCAUUCAGGGCCUGCUACCCCUAAAGCAUCCCGUCAACCAAGCCCUGCUUCUUCCAUCAAGUCCUACUAUACAGGACCUGCUACCCCUAAAGCAUCCCGUCAACCAAGCCCUGCUUCUUCCAUGAAGUCCUACUAUACAGGACCUGCUACCCCUAAAGCAUCGCGUCAACCAAGCCCUGCUUCUUCCAUCAAGUCCUACUAUACAGGACCUGCUACCCCUAAAGCAUCCCGUCAACCAAGCCCUGCUUCUUCCAUCAAGUCCUACGAUACAGGACCUGCUACCCCUAAAGCAUCCCGUCAACCAAGCCCUGCUUCUUCCAUCAAGUCCUACCAUUCAGGGCCUGCUACCCCUAAAGCAUCCCGUCAACCAAGCCCUGCUUCUUCCAUCAAGUCCUACUAUACAGGACCUGCUACCCCUAAAGCAUCCCGUCAACCAAGCCCUGCUUCUUCCAUCAAGUCCUACUAUACAGGACCUGCUACCCCUAAAGCAUCCCGUCAACCAAGCCCUGCUUCUUCCAUCAAGUCCUACUAUACAGGACCUGCUACCCCUAAAGCAUCGCGUCAACCAAGCCCUGCUUCUUCCAUCAAGUCCUACUAUACAGGACCUGCUACCCCUAAAGCAUCCCGUCAACCAAGCCCUGCUUCUUCCAUCAAGUCCUACGAUACAGGACCUGCUACCCCUAAAGCAUCCCGUCAACCAAGCCCUGCUUCUUCCAUCAAGUCCUACCAUUCAGGGCCUGCUACCCCUAAAGCAUCCCGUCAACCAAGCCCUGCUGUUCCCAUCAAGUCCUGUAAAACCAGCCGUGCCUCUACUGAGUCAUACUGGCAGCCCAACCCUGCCUCUCCCGGUGAGUCCUUCCAGCACAGCCCUGGGACUCCAAAUGCUGCCUUCACUGCUGCCCCAGCCCCUGUCAGCAGUAGGAGGUGGGGCUGGAAAACUGUCAAGAGAACCAUGAGAGACUGCCUAAGGGCCCUGUGCUGCUGCCCCGUAUCGACAUGCAAGUGUCACAAACACAAGGUGGUCGAGGUGCAGAUCCAUGAUCCCUCCUAUGGACGUGGUCAUCCUGACAGCGAGGUCAGCCAUGCAAGUGGAAGCCACAAGAACACGAAUUCACCUUCAGCCGGUUGUACCCCUUCCCAGCCAUAAUGUGCAGUAUUGCCCUUUCUGUGGCUUUGGGGAGCAGUUGAGGAGGAUGACAAGGGACAGAUUCAAGCUAAAGCCAUGGAUGCUGCCUUACUUGCUCCAAGAUCACCUUAUCUCCUAGGUUACUGAAUUAAACAGUGUAUGUAAAGGUCCUGGAGGAGUGAUGUUCCAUCAAGUGUCACACAUGUAUUUUAUUUUAAUUGUGGUUUUUGUUAAUCUAUGUUCAAGCAGAGGUAGGAAAGUUUAUGUUCACGUAUAGAAAAAUCUCUUGCAUGUGUAUUUCAACAAAAGAAUAUGUAAUAGAGCAGUAAUCCUUCUUCACUUAUUCUUAAUAAUAAAAUAAACUGAUUACUAUGUGUACUGUUUCAGGCACUUAAUAAAGCCCAAUAUAACACAAUACAAACAAUACUGAUGCCACUGGAUAUUAAAGGAAUUAAGCAACUGAGCUAUACUAGACUUCAUUUCAGCAUUUUAGAUCCUUUCAAAGGACUACACUUGAAUGUCUUUGCACGAUGACCACUUAGUUCUUUAUACUCUGACCUUGGUUAAGCCCAAGGUCAGCCCAGUUAUGUUCCUUUUGUUACCAGGGUUCUCCAGGUGAUCAGGUGACUGAUUGCUCCACUCCUGAUUGGUCAGCUUCCCAACCUGAAGAAGAAUCUUGCUUGGAACCUGUCAAAAUCCCACCUGCAUUCCUCCUCCUCAGCCCCACAUCACAAGCAUCGCAGCAGUAUAAGUCAAGGCCUCUCCAGGCAAGAGACAUUUGACUCUGAAACUCAGGAGAGUGGAGACUCUGCCUACUUGCAGCCAAAAGAUUAUUCCCGUGAACACAUGGACCACUAUGCCCCACAUUGUGAUCACAACCACCGAGAUGAGACCCAUGGGAGCAGUGACCGCAGACACAGAGAAUCUCGACACUGCUCCAGGGACAUAGAUCGAGAGCAGGACCACAAUGAGUGCAACUAAUUGCAGAGCCAUCAUAAAUCCAAAUAGGGAUGUUUACGUCCACCAAUGACUUUCGCCUUUUUCUGCUUUUUCCAUGGUUUUGUGUAAUAGCACAAACAAAACUUUUCAAGUCUACCCUCAGUCAUGUGACCCGUCUUGUAUAUUUUGUAUUGCUGUUGCUUCAAUAGCAAUGGCAUGAAAUUAAGAGCAUUAAUUUCUAUUUUGAUUUUCCUAAGUGCUGUACACAUUUGCCUGGUGCAGCUGCAGUCCUCUGGUUUUACACUAGACCCUUCAGAACCUGGUUUGGGUAGCUGUUACUUGGGAAAAACCUGCCAUCCCAACAAUGUUAGUGUUUCAAGAAAUAUAGGUGUAUCCAGCAAUCGAGAAGUAACACAGAUCAAAAGUGGAAAUUGUUUCUCCAGAUUUUUAAUACUGAGACACCUGAUGAGCAUAUUCAUUUAUUUAUUCAUGGACCACUGUUUCUUGCUUGUACCUCUGGCUGACUAAACUAGGAACAGAUUCAGUCUUGCAAGAUUGUUGCAAAAAACAGAAAAAAAAAUUCGUCUUCUACUUGAAAAAGCCCAUCUAAAUUUCAAAAAUAUAACUAUUCUUCCGGGAGAACAUGGCGGACAGAUAACAGCAACUACCGGAGGCUCUCUGAAAAACUAGGCUCAGAAGCCAGGUAUGGUGCGGACUAAAGAGACAUAAGCAGGUGGAGUUAUGCUCUGCUGACUCAGGAUCGAAGUCGGCUGAGAGAAACCAACUUGGAAUGCAGUCCUGGUGCUAAAACAGGAACAGAAAAGCCUCUGCUGGACCCCGCACCAUUGGAAGCCGCGAUUUGGGUUUCCCACCGCGCGGUGGCUGGCUGCCUCUAUAUCAGCUCAGCAAGGCUAGAGACACACGGAAACUCUGAGAAUGGGAGUCUGCGAACGGAGUCGAAAACAGGACGGGCAGGGAGGCAUGUUCUGACUUGUGGCGAGGUCAGUGAGAGAAACUGACACUCCACCACAGUUUGAGUCCAGCGGACUUCCUGGGCCCGAGCAGUCCUGCGGGAGCAGGGCGCGGUGGCGACUCCAGCCACACAUUCCCCUCUCGGGCGGGAUUGGUGAAAAGUGCCUGGCCUGCGUGACGCUGCUGGCGGACCCCGUAGGCUGGCCCAACCCAGAUCCCAGAGCCCGACGGAGGCCGGGAGGGGCGGGCCCCGCGUAGGCUGUCUGGUGCGCAGCAGUGAGUGGGAACACCUAACCGGCGCAAUUCAAUCAGGCUGUGGCUGACAGGGAGAGAAGCUGGGCCUCUCAUAUAAGCUUGCAUAUAUAAGGAACAGGGAAUAUGGGAAGAGGCAGCAACAAGAAAGGCUCCUCGGCCCCCAACUCUGAGAAACAGGCAAUAGCGGACAGCGCACCAAUAGACAUAAAGCGCCAUAUAGAGAGCCUCAUAGACCAAUUCAGGAAUGAAGUUAUCAAUGACCUGAAGCUAGAAGUAUGCAAAAUUGUUAGAGAAAUGCUAAGCACCACCCAAGAAAAAACAGAUGGUGGAAUGGAAGAACAGAAAAAGAGGGGAGAAUUGUUUGAUGGAGAUAACAGGGAAAGUAAAGAAUACGUGAAGCAGGUUCAAAGGGACUACCAAGAAACUAAGAAGUCUAUCGAAGACUGGCAUAACAGCUUGAAAGAAACUAAGGACAGACUAUCUGAACUGGAGAGCAGAAUUGUAAUAUGGGAGAAUGAAAUGAAAAACUUCUUGAAAAUAAUAAAGAAACAAACAGCAAUAAUACAAAGACAAGAAGAUGAUAAGAGGAUCCAUAACUUAAGGAUUAAGAACAUAAAAGAAGAAGUAGGGACACAAACAAAUGAACUACAAAAGCUACUCACAGAAAUAAUCCAGGAGAAUUUUCCUAAUUUAGCAAAAGGUAAAGAUACUCAGAUGUAUGAGGCAUACAGGACCCCAGCUACCUACAACCCUAACAGAGAAACACCCAGGCAUAUAAUAAUAAAAAUUCCAGAAAUUCAAUACAAGAACAGAAUAUUAAAAGCUGUCAGAGACAAGAAACAGACCACUUACAAGGGAACACCCAUCAGAAUUGCAGCAGAUUUCUCUGCACAAACCAUCAAAUCACGAAGAGCAUGGGGGGAAAUAAUUCAAGCUUUGAAAGAUAAUCUCCAGCCAAGAUUGAGAUAUCCUGCACAACUGUCCCUGGAAAUUGAUGGAAAAACAAGGUGCUUCCAGGAUAAAGAGGAACUGGGGGAAUUUGCAACCACCAAUUCAACUCUAGAGAGAGUAUUACAGGAUAUUCUAAAAAAAGAAAAAUACAAAGAAUCCAGAAAUAGUGGAGGCCACAACGAAUGGAGCAGAGAACAAAGUGAAGAAGACAAACUGACAGCUACUGACAGAAUAAGAGCUCAACAGAAAUGAGGCAGAGAAGAUUGGAUGAUAGGAACAGCUAUUUUGGAGAAAAUGACAUCUUAAUAGGUAAUACUGAUUUAGUAUCAUCUUGUUUUGAAGUCUCAUCUAGCUUUUGUCCUUCUGUCUCCAUUGGUCUAAACAGGUUGUAUCUUAUUGGAUUUUAUUAUGUACGAUAGUAUAAGCAAAAACCUUUUAAAGACAAGGAGAUUAUACAGAAACCAUUGUUCAUUUUCUGUUAGUCGAUUCUAAAUACUCUGUAAUGCUGUCAUUCUCUUAAAUGGUUUUACAUUGUUUUGAUAUACUUAAUGCUACAGUAUACGAAGUUGUACUCAAGGAUUUCAAGGAAAGAGACAAUAUGGUAACUACUUUUAGGUCAGGAUUAUCUGGUGGUGAAACACUAUUCUGCUUAAAUGGUUAUGUUUUGAUCUGCGCUGUUUCGUUGUUAUGCCCUCUUUUAUCUCAAUCUCCACUCCAUUAUUUACUUUUUUAUUUUUAUCCUUUUAAUUAAAGGAAAAAAUAGCAGGAUAUAUUAUAGUAACCCACUUUGACUUUCCAUUACCUCGAUUUAAAGCCCUGUAUUACUCUCACCAUCUGGUUUUUAACUGAUGUUCCCCUAUUCUGUUUUGCUGGAUAGUAUCAGGUUCGAAAAUUUAGGCAUCAGCUGUGAAGAUAAUGAGACUCAUUAUAAUGCCCAUUCUCAUUGACUUUUAUCUACUUUUGAAGACCUACAAUGUCUCCAAUGUUUUGGUUUUGUCGGUUUUAUUCUUUACUGUUUUGUUCAAUUGUAUUAUAACUAAUGAUAUAGGCAAUUCUAUUAGAGAUAGCGGGAGGCAUUAUGGUAACCAUUGUUGAUCACCUUGUAUUAUGUUUUCACAUUAUCUAUUAUGUCCACCCUUUUGACUUGACCGAUUGCGUUCUGUUAUGUCCCAUUUGGUUUUACUCUCUUCCAAAAAAGUAAUAAGAACCGUGGGAGCAAUGAAACCCAAAUUGUACAAAAGAGAGGAAAAGAAAGUGCUCUAAACUAUAUAACUGCAUGUAUAUUUAAGUGUAUAAGAUAGAAAAUGAUAUCAGAGUUUUAUUGGAUCAUUGAACAGAACUGUUUGCAGUAUCAUUGAUGGAAUGUCAACUUUACAAGCUUUAAUUUUGUGACUUGAACAAUUAUUUCUAAGAUGACAGUAUGUAAUCCAUUAACUAGUGAUUUCCUACUGUUCAUUUUUUUUCUGCAAAUCUGUAUAACUUGUACCCUUUCUCUGCUUUUUUUCUUUUCUCCUUAAAUAGAAUUAAAAAAUAAAUAAAUAAAAAUAAAAAAAUAA